AUGGGUUCGCCCACACUCCCCCAUGAGAAGGAUGGGGGAGGGGUGGGGGUUGGUUGGGGUGUUGUUCCCUCCACUACUACUACUGCUGCUGCUGGUACCCCUCCCGGAAGCGUCCUCAUCCUCAUCCUUUCGGUGGAAGGAGGAGGAGGUGGAGGAGGAGGAGGAGGCCUGCCUGCCUGCUGGGUUGGGGCACGGGAAGUGUGGCCCGUCACCUCUGAUGGAUCACUCAGGGGGGGUGAACGCAGCCAACUGACGAAGGCCCUUGUGUUGUCCUCCUCCUCCUCCUCCUCCUCCUCCUCCUCCCUAGUGUCUUUUCUCUCUCCCUCUCUCUGGGUUCUGGCCUCCUGCUUGCCUGCCUGCCUUGGAGGAAUGAUAGCCAGCCUUAUCCCCCUUCCUUUACCCCCAUCUCCCCCUCCCUCCCAACCCCCUCCCCCACACCCACCAAUGAUAAUGAAAUUUCCUGCCUCUGUACAUUCAGAAGUCGGGAAAAAGGCCGAUUCUUCUAGUAAUAUAAUCUGGUUAGGGCAGACACCUACCACGACGACGACCUUAGUAUUCAACAAGCAGCUUCCGCUGGAGUGA